AACAGAGUUUCAAUUCAUUUUCUCUCUGUAAAUUGAAUAUGGUAUCAGAGCAAAAUCAUUUCCACGCUCUUCUCUCAUCAUCACAGAUUUAAUCUGUUGCUGGAUCUCGUCUUCAUAUAUAUAUAUAUAUAUAUAUAAAUUAAUCUGUUGUUCGAUCUAAUCUCUACAUAGAGUUAUUACAAUCCGGAAAUUGGUUUGAUUCAAGGUCAUCAAUGAACAAUCGGCCAUUGAUGAACCUUCAAGUCCUUACUCCUUACUUCAUUCAAUGAGUAAUUUCCAGAUCUCCUCCAGAUCUGCACCGAAUGAAGAUAAAAUGCUUAAUUCACAACAACCUGUGAUUGGAAGUUUAAUUCAGAGUUUGAAUCCUGCUCAAUAUCAACAAUUGAUGACGAUAUUGUCCACUCAUCUGGCAUCAAGCUCAAACACAGCAGCUUCUGAUUAUCAGGGCAACAAAAUUACAUCAUAUAAUGCAGGUUUCCACUCAUUAAUGGCUGUUCAUACUUCUGGAGAAUACCAAAGAAGAUAUGGGGUUGAAAGCUGGAAGAUUGAAUAUCAAUAUUUAAAGAAAAAAAUUGGAGCAGCUUCUAAAGAAUUCAGAUCUAAUCACACUUCAAGUGUGAUUCCACAAUCCUUUAUCUGAUUAAUUCAACAUGUUAUAAAACGAAUUUAACCAUAUAUUCUUGGAUCAAAACUUAUUAAGAAAAAAAAUUUAUUGCACAUGUUUUUACUUAUUGUCUAACAUUAGUCUUAUAUUUUCACUUUGGAUUUGUGAACACAUCUUUUCAGUUCAGUGUUUAUGAGUUAAGUUUGUAUCUAAUAACGCUAAAAGAUAAGGUUCUUUAAUACAU